AGCACCAGUGUGAACAAGUUCAAGCUGUUCUGUCUGUGGGAAGCGCUGCGUGGAUGAAGCUGGCCUCAAGCAUCACCAGAGGCUUCACCGUCAAGAGCAUGUCUACUCCUGUAAGUUCUGCCUCAAGCACUUUAAGGCCAGGGAAGACAAGCGGACCCACGAGAAGGACCACCCCCGGGUCAAAUUCCCCUGGGGAUUUUACAACAUCUUGAAACGGAACCACUAUCUCAGAGAGCAUGAGUCCAAGAGACAUUUGUAACACGUGCUACAAGGAAUUCCCCCAACUUAGCAAGCUUGAGAGGUACGAGCUGAGCCACAGUAACAACAAAUCUUUCAGGUGUCAGGUGUGCCAGCGUUCCUUUGCCCAGCUCAGCCAGCUGAAGUCCCACCUGCGCGUCCACACUGGGGAGAGGCCCUUCAAAUGCCAGCGCUGCGACAAGAGCUUUAACCACAACGUCAGCCUCAAGAACCUCGUCACACGCUAUCACAAAGGGGAAAGAGUGGGGAGGGAGGGAGGUGCGAGAGCGGAGGAGCAGGCGACAGUGGAACUAUGACCCUGAGGAGGAGGAGCGUCAGAAUGAGAGUGAUUCUGACUUUGACCUGGAGGAAGAGGAGAAGACAGGGAGUAAAGGGAAAGGUAGUGGAGGGGGCACUGGUAGAAGCCUCUAGGAGAGAUACAUGUGGACACUGCUGUUGAAAAGCUGGAUACAUUAUCAUCACCACCCCAGAGAGAACCAGACCAGAACCAGGAGGCACCUGACGGUGUCAUUAAAAUAAGUCUUAUCGGUUUUGUCAUGACCAUAAUGUUUUGGCUUUGAACAUUACUUAGAACUCUUGAGGCUGUUGUUUUUUCACUUCUACAGUUUUGGUUUAAAGAUAUAUAUUGUUCAUGAAAAUGUUUUUCACUGUUCUACAUCAUCAAAUGUCAAGAAAAAUCUGAUAGGUUUGUGAAGUGAAUAUGUUACAAAGAAUUUCCUCCCCACAGAUGUUAUUGACUGAUAUAUUGCAUUUUGAAUUCUCCUGGCUGGACCGGCCCACUAGUUAAGAAGCACAGAGAUAAACUCAUCUUGGAUAUAACCAGCGAGGAAGCAAGAGGCUUGAUUCCGCUCUAAAGUCUGUCAGUAAGAAAAUAGUGUUAACCAGUGGAAGUGUUGAA